AAGAUAGGGGGCAACAUCCCUCUCGGCUUCCUCUUUGUUCCCAAUCUCGACGGCGACGCGAAGCUCCUCGCUCCGUCCCUUUCCUCUCAUCCCCAGGUUGUUCUUUAGGGUUGGGAGUGGGUGGGAUUAGGGAUUCUUGAUGGAGAACGGAAGAGAACUGGAAGUCGGGCAGCGGUUGGGGGAGGCGGCGGAGGAGUCGGUGAAUGGUGUUUCUGAGCACAAAUCGUUGGAAUCGGAGCAUGCGGCGAAGGAUCUUGCGGAAAACGAGAUUUUUGAGGAGGCCGUGGAGCCGCCACCUGAUGCAGUGUCGGAUCUGCUGAUUGGUGAGUCGAAGGGAGGAGGGAAUGCAGAGAUGCCGGCCGAGGAGGAUGGCGACGAGGUUGAGAAGUUUGUCGAGUCAGUGGAAGCCCAUGCGAUUUCUCCGAAGCCUAAAGAGCAAGGUCAGGGUUUUGAAGAACAACAAGAUGAUGAUUCUGAGGAUGGCAAUAGGCGCGUCCGAGAACAGGAAGCAAAGGAUGUUGGUGGCUUAGAUAGCGCUGUUGAAGUCGGAGUGGAGGAUGGGGAGCAGCAUGUUAUGCAGUCGGAAUUGGAUAGCGCGGAAUCGAUUGGUGUGGCCGAUGAUGUGGCCAAGGAUGAAGUGAAGGAUUCUUUGGUUGUUGCUCAAGAUGAUGAUGAUGAAGUGAUUGUUGAAAAUGGUGACAAACCUGAUGGAGAAGUGCUUGAUGUUUUGGACUCGAAUGGGGUGAACCCGGAUGAGUCUGCCUCUAUUGUUGAAGAUGAAGCAGUGAACGGAGGAUCCGUCGGAGUGGUUUUGGAUCAAAUCCGUGUGAAUCACGAUACUGAAUCUGAUAAAGUGAUUUCUCAUGCGGAAGUAGCUCAAGGGAGGGAGGACUCUCUGGCACCACCUGCUAUCCUUCCCAUUGAGCAGCUUGAUGACCUUCCUAGUGAAGCUACUGCACAACCAGAUGCCAAAAUUGCAGUAGAUAGAGAAAUCGUGGAAGAGCUCCCGAAAGAAAACAGGGAAGAGGAAACUGUUUUGGUGGAGGACUUAGACGACUCUAUUUCUGCUUUUGAUGAUGAUGACGACGACGACGACAAAAACGCUUACAAUCAGCCAACACCUAAUGCUGCUCCUUCGCGUAUUGAAAGUUCAGAAAAAGGCCCAAAUUUGCCUUCUCAACCUGCUGGCCUUGGAUCCUCUUCUCGCUUGCUGGGACCAUCGUCCCGUCCUAUUCAGCAGCUAAGGGCAAAUGGCUCUGCCUCUCCAAGACAAUCUCCGCAGCCUGUAGAUCCUGUUAUUAAUGAUGAAUCAGAGGAGAAUGAUGAAACCCGCGAGAAGCUCCAGAUGAUCCGUGUCAAAUUCCUGCGCCUGGCUCACCGCCUUGGCCAGACUCCUCACAACGUGGUCGUUGCACAAGUACUCUACAGACUUGGUCUAGCCGAGCAGCUAAGAAGAAACACAAACAGGCCCGGUGUAUUCAGCUUUGAUCGAGCCAGUGUAAUGGCUGAGCAGCUUGAAGCAGCUGGGCAGGAGCCGCUCGACUUCUCUUGCACUAUUAUGGUCAUUGGGAAAAGUGGGGUCGGUAAAAGUGCCACCAUCAAUUCGAUCUUCGAUGAGGUUAAGUUGGAGACUAAUGCCUUUCAAUUGGGCACCAAAAAGGUUCAGGAGAUAGUUGGCACAGUGCAAGGCAUCAAGGUCCGGGUCAUUGAUACACCCGGUCUAAACUCCUCUUCUGCUGACCAGUGCCGCAAUGAGAAGAUCCUCCACUCUGUUAAGAGGUUCAUUAAGAAAUCCCCUCCUGAUAUUGUUCUUUACUUUGAUAGAUUGGAUAUGCAGAGCCGGGACUACGGUGAUAUCCCGCUGCUUAAAACAAUUACUGACACGUUUGGUUCAUCCAUUUGGUUUAAUGCAAUUAUCGUCCUAACUCAUGCCGCGUCAGCGCCACCGGAUGGUGCUAAUGGAAUUCCAUUAAGUUAUGAGAUGUUUGUUACCCAGAGAUCCCAUGUGGUUCAGCAAGCGAUAAGGCAAGCAGCCGGUGACGUGCGGCUCAUGAACCCGGUUUCUUUAGUGGAGAACCACUCGGCCUGCAGAACAAACAGGGCGGGCCAGAGAGUGUUGCCAAACGGUCAGGUUUGGAAGCCACAGUUGUUGUUAUUGUCAUUUGCUUCAAAAAUUCUCGCGGAGGCGAACAUGCUUCUCAAGUUGCAGGACAGCCCACCUGAUAAAACUUUCAGUCGUAGCAGAGUUCCUCCAUUGCCUUUUCUUCUGUCUUCUCUUCUGCAAUCAAGGCCUCCACUAAAGUUGCCAGAAGAGCAGUUCGGUGAUGAUGAUAGCUCUUUGGAAGAGGAGUUGGGUGAUAUUUCUGAUUCAGAUGAUGGGUCGGACUAUGAUGAUCUUCCUCCUUUUAAGCGCCUCACGAAUGCACAGCUUGCGAAGCUGAGCAGAGCACAGAAGAAGGCUUAUUAUGAGGAACUCGACUAUAGAGAAAAGCUCUUUUACAAGAAACAGUUGAAGGAGGAGAGGAGGCGCCGAAAGUUGAUGAAGAAAUUGGCAGCAGAGGUUGAUAAUAUACCAAGUGAUUUUGGUAAUGAGAACGUAGAGGAUGAAACUGGUGGUAGUCCUGCAUCUGUUCCAGUGCCAAUGCCAGAUUUAGUGUUGCCUGCAUCAUUUGAUUCGGAUAAUCCUACCCAUCGCUAUCGUUUUCUUGAUUCCUCCAACCCGUGGCUUGUUAGACCUGUUCUUGAGACUCAGGGUUGGGACCAUGAUGUUGGUUAUGAAGGCCUGAAUGUUGAAAGGUUAUUUGUGGUGAAAAAUAAAGUCCCUGUAUCAGUCUCUGGCCAGUUUACAAAGGAUAAGAAGGAAUGCACUCUUCAAAUGGAGUUGGCUAGUUCGAUCAAGCAUAGCGAGGGAAGCACAUCUUCUUUAGGUAUGGAUGUGCAGUCGGUGGGGAAGGACAUGGCCUACACAUUACGUGGCGAAACUCGAUUCACGAAUUUUAAACGCAACAAUACAGCAGCUGGGCUUUCAGUCACUUUUCUGGGUGAUUCGGUUUCAUCUGGGCUGAAGAUUGAGGAUAAGCUGACAAUCAGCAAGCAGCUCAGGUUGCUCGUCAGCGGAGGUGCGAUGACCGGGCGUGGUGAUGUGGCAUAUGGUGGCCGCCUUGAGGCAACUUUAAGAGAUAAGGAUUAUCCGAUAGGGCGGAUGCUGUCAACUCUCGCGCUCUCUGUAGUGGAUUGGCAUGGUGAGUUAGUAGUUGGUUGCAACGUUCAAUCUCAGUUACCUUUGGGAAGAGGAACGAAUUUGAUCGGCCAUGCCAAUUUGAACAAUAAGGGGACCGGACAAGUUGGCAUUCGCCUGAAUAGUUCGGAUCAGCUUCAGAUAGCUUUAAUUGCUCUUAUUCCAAUAUUCAGAAACAUCAAAAGAAUGCUCUUUGAUUCUUCUCAAGCUUACUAAUUCUGCAACACAUGAGAGCUGUGCCGUUUGAGUCCAUGGUUAGUAAAAUUUGUUAUGUAGGUCUUUAUGUUUUGGAUAGUUUUGCAGUUUAUGGUUACUACACUUCUUGUCAAAGCUUAGUAGAAGAAAUGGAUUUCUUGGCCGUCAAUUCCUUUAGGGAAGAUAUCUCCUGUAUGCGCUAUAAAUUAUGAAUUUUUAGGGAGUCCAGUUUCAUUAGUUUUUGGUAGUACAUCUUUUGCUACCUUUUCAUGCAGAUCUCACAAACCUUCCAUUUGCUGUAGCUUUUCUCAUUUUAUUGUCAUUGUGUUUGUUGCAUAAGUAGGAUAUCACUCAUAUUUAGAGUUCUUGCAGAAACCGUGUAGCAUAAUUUUGUGAUGCAUUGUAAACUCAAGCUAAAAGGUGUAUAAGCUUUGUCAACUAAUAAUAUUUUCAAAUUUCAACUGAUA